GUGUUAAUUGUCCGUAAAGAAACAUAGCUAUUCUCCAAUAUGAAUGGAGAACGGCGCUAGGUUUAUUCCUGAUGUGGAACGUAAUCACAUACAUACAUACAUACAAUGCAUAAAUGUCAUUGUCUAAAAUUUUACUACCACGCGGCCAUUACGUAAGUUUGCUGGAACGGUUGGAUCACAUGAAUCAAAUUAGCCGUUCUGGUGGCCCUGGUGGGUCUUCCCAACAAAUGCAGUUAGGUCCAGGGCAGAUCCCGGGAGGGCCAAUGAACGUGAAUGCUAUGAAUUUACAGCAGAUUCAACAAAUGGAUCAACAGCAAAUGGCGCAAAUCAGCAUGAACCAUCAGCAAUUAAAUCAAAUGAUGAACGCACGUUUGAACGCUGCUGGUCCUAUGGGUACAAAUGCUGGUGCAGGAGCGCAAAUAUCAGUACCGAAGGGCUUGGAAUCAUCUGCGCAUCAGACAUUUGAGUCUGCUGUUGUUGCUGUUGAUUUUGUGCAGCCUACAUACCAGUGGCAGAUGGCACAGUACUUGGUGAAGGACUUUGCCGUAAGAACUGCUGCUACUGACCCGGAACACCACGAUUAACCUGAAACAUCUGGCCACCCUGACCUAUUGGCAUAUUUACCUUCUGUUGCAUAUUCUGGGAAAUACCUAUCAUUUGGCUGAUACCACUUUGCUGGCCAGCAUUUUGGGGCAUUGCACCACCCUGUUGACCUUGUGGUCCAUCAACAACAUUGCCUGGAUGCAUUGGGCCGUAAUCUAAAUCUGGGUGGCACUAUGUUUUAGUUUUAUUCUGGCCAUUACCACUAUCCGGCAACUAGGUAUGUAUAUUUUUAUAAUUAACAGCAGUGAAGGGGUCAUUUUAAAUUAACUGGAAAAUUAUUUGUUGGUGAAGGAGGGUUGAAGGUGUAGCUAUUGUUUAAGUUACACAGAUACAAAGAAUAUGUCUAACGAGCUAUUGAUUCCAAAUCUAAUUGCUUAUUACAUAUAUCUACACUAAAUUUGGUAUCGAAAUUUGGUUUGGCUUCGACGACGUCAAUUGGACAAGGCAAAGUUUUUUAUUAUUCAUUUUUAAAUACAAAUUAAGUUAUUUGCUGCAAUAU